UCAUCUUUCUGACGCAAAAACCUCCCUCUUCCACUCAGAAACUCUACCAUGUCCCUCCUCUUCAGAGCCUACCCUCUAAUAUCCCUCCGCUUCAACUCUCUCCCUUUCCUCCGCUCAAUUCUUGAACCCUCCCCCAAAAAACUUCACAGAAACAGAGCCGUUUUCUCCAUCUGCGCUUCCUCGUCCACCUCCGGGACCCGCAUUCCCAUUCCCAAUUCUUCAUCAUCCCUGCUUGAAAACUCUCUCGAAUGGGUCAGCCGGACCGGUUUUUGCGGUUGCUUAUCCGCGGCAGAUUUGGGUAAACGGGUUCGGCUCUGCGGGUGGGUCGCGCUCCACCGCGUCCACGGUGGUCUCACCUUUCUUAAUCUCAGAGACCAUACCGGUACCGUUCAGAUUACAACGCUGCCUGAUGAGUUCCCUGAUGCGCAUAGCACUAUCAACGACUUGAGGCUUGAGUAUGUGGUCGCCGUGGAAGGCAUUGUUCGAUCUCGGCCCAGUGAGUCGGUUAACAAGAAAAUGAAAACCGGUUUGAUAGAGGUUGCUGCAGAGCUUGUUCAAGUAUUGAAUGCUGUGAAAUCGAAGCUACCAUUCCUAGUUACCACGGCAGAGGCUGCAAAAGAUUCCAUUAAGGAGGAGAUUCGUUUGAGAUAUCGAUGUCUUGAUCUGCGGCGGCAGCAAAUGAAUUACAACAUAAUGCUGCGACAUAAGGUGGUUAAACUUAUUCGAAGAUAUCUAGAGGACACACAUGGUUUUGUAGAGAUUGAGACUCCAAUACUCUCUAGAUCUACUCCAGAAGGCGCACGGGAUUAUUUGGUACCCUCCAGAGUUCAGCCAGGAACAUUCUAUGCUUUGCCUCAAAGCCCGCAACUGUUUAAGCAGAUGUUAAUGGUCUCUGGUUUCGAUAAGUAUUAUCAAAUAGCAAGAUGUUUUCGAGAUGAAGAUCUAAGAGCAGAUAGACAACCUGAAUUCACGCAGCUAGAUAUGGAAAUGGCUUUCACUCCUUUGGAGGACAUGUUGAGGCUUAAUGAGGAUUUGAUCAGAAAGGUUUUUCUGGAGAUAAAAGGUGUUCAGCUACCAAACCCUUUUCCAAGGCUUACAUAUGCUGAUGCAAUGAAUCGAUAUGGUUCUGACAGGCCAGAUAUUAGAUUUGAUCUUGAGUUGACAGAUGUAUCUGAUAUAUUUUCAGAAUCCCCCUUCAGGGUUUUUUCAGAUACAUUGAAAGGUGGGGGGGUUAUCAAAGUGAUCUGCGUGCCCUCAGGUGCUAAAAAUUAUUCAAAUACAGCUCUUAAGAAAGGUGAUAUUUACAAUGAAGCUAUAAAAGGUGGAGCUAAGGGUUUGCCUUUCCUGAAGGUCAUGGAUGAUGGGGAUCUUGAGGGAAUUUCUGCAAUGGUAUCAAGUCUGGAUCCUACAAACAAAGAACGGCUGCUGAGUCGAUGCUCUGCUGGACCAGGUGAUCUUAUGUUGUUUGCAGUGGGUCAAGACGCAUCAGUAAAUAGAACUCUCGAUCGUCUGAGGGUGUUUGUGGCUCAUGAGUUGGGGUUGGUUGACCAUUCCAGGCAUUCUAUUUUGUGGGUCACUGAUUUCCCGAUGUUUGAGUGGAAUGAUUCAGAGCAGAGGCUUGAGGCCUUGCAUCACCCCUUCACUGCUCCAAAUCCGGAAGACAUGAAUGAUCUUGCCUCUGCUCGUGCGUUAGCGUAUGACAUGGUUUACAAUGGAGUAGAGAUUGGUGGGGGAAGUUUGAGAAUAUAUAAACGUGAGAUACAACAAAAGGUUUUGGAAAUUGUCGGCAUCUCCCUGCUACAGGCUGAAGCAAAGUUUGGCUAUCUUCUGGAGGCAUUAGACAUGGGUGCUCCUCCACAUGGAGGAAUCGCUUAUGGAUUAGAUAGAUUGGUUAUGUUGUUGGCGGGUGCUAGUUCUAUCAGGGAUGUCAUAGCUUUCCCAAAGACAACAACCGCACAGUGCGCCCUCACCCGGGCACCAUCGGAGGUGGAUCCCCAGCAAUUGAAGGAUCUAUCGUUUCAAACCAGAUAGUUUCUUCUUGUUCAACUGUUCAUCUACAUCAAAGAUUUAUUCAAACUCACUCAUUUGUUAUUGCCUCAUGUUUAGACAACAAUAAAAGAAGCUUCUCCUUCAUGUAGAUGCUUCUUUUCCUUUCACUUAGCUAGAUAUACAAACUUAUUAAUUAUGUUAUAACAUAUAGCCACAAACUUGUUAA